AUGGCAGUUGCAACCAAGGACAUUGCUGAUUUCAGCAUCAAGCCUGAGUCGGUCACUCCUAACAUCCCGACGUCUGAGUGGCCUCUGCUUCUCAAAAACUAUGAUCAGCUUCUCGUCAGAACCGGUCACUUCACCCCAAUUCCAGCUGGUUGCACACCCCUCAAGAGAGAUUUGAAGUCAUACAUUAGCUCUGGUGUUAUCAACCUCGACAAGCCCUCGAACCCAUCCAGUCACGAGGUUGUGGCGUGGAUGAAGAGAAUCCUCAGAGUUGAGAAAACCGGUCACAGUGGUACCCUCGACCCCAAAGUCACCGGUUGUUUGAUUGUCUGCAUUGAUCGUGCAACCCGUCUCGUCAAGUCCCAACAAGGUGCCGGAAAGGAGUACGUGUGUGUCAUUCGUCUCCACGACAAGAUUCCCGGUGGUGAAGCUCAGUUCGCUCGCGCCCUCGAGACUUUGACUGGAGCCCUCUUCCAGCGUCCUCCUCUGAUUUCCGCCGUCAAGCGUCAACUCCGUAUCAGAACUAUCCAUGAAAGCAAAUUGUACGAAUUUGACAAUGACAGACAUCUUGGUGUUUUCUGGGUUAGCUGUGAAGCCGGUACCUACAUUCGAACUCUCUGUGUCCACCUUGGAUUGUUACUUGGUGUUGGCGCACACAUGCAGGAACUUCGUCGUGUUCGCAGUGGAGCCAUGGACGAGGAGGAUGGAAUGGUCACAUUGCACGAUGUUCUCGACGCCCAGUGGUUGAUGGACAACCAGCGCGAUGAGUCUUACUUGAGGAGAGUCAUCCGACCUCUUGAGAGCCUGCUCACUACUUAUAAGCGUAUCGUUGUUAAGGACAGCGCGGUUAACGCUGUUUGCUACGGUGCCAAGUUGAUGAUUCCUGGUCUUCUCCGAUUCGAGGCUGGUAUUGAGGUCGGUGAAGAAGUCGUCCUUAUGACUACCAAGGGUGAAGCCAUUGCUCUUGGUAUUGCACAGAUGUCUACUGUCGAGCUCUCGACUUGUGAUCACGGUGUGGUUGCCAAGGUCAAGCGAUGCAUCAUGGAGCGUGAUCUCUAUCCUCGCCGAUGGGGAUUGGGUCCUGUUGCCUUGGAGAAGAAGAAGUUGAAGUCUGAUGGAAAGCUCGAUAAAUAUGGUCGCCCUAACGAAGCCACACCCGCUAAGUGGCAGAGCUCCUACAAGGACUACAACGCUCCUCUAGGCGAGCAGGCUGCCACCACACCCGCCCAGAAGCCUGAGGAUGCUCCUGCUCCUUCCUCUCCAUCUUCAAAGAUGGACAUCGAAGAAGACAAGGCAGAGGAGAAGCCCGAUGACGAGAAGAAGAAACGCAAACACGACAGCGAGACUCCCGAAGAACGCGCCGAGCGUAAGCGCAAGAAGAAGGAGAAGAAGGAGAAGAAAGAACGACGAAAGUCCAAGCAAGAGAAAGAAGAUAGCGACAGCGACUAA